GCCCUCGCCCCCCCCGCCGAGGGGUCUCCUCCCCAGAGCUCGCUCCCCGCCCCCUCACCAGGCGGCGGCGACGGCGGCGCAGGGGAAGGGGCGGGCAGGGGCCGGCUCUCUCCUCCCACCGCGCUCCCGCCGCACACGCUUCCCGGCACCGAGCGAGCGAGCGGCGGCGAGGCGGUGCGGGCCUGCCCCGCUUCCUUCUCGCCGCCGGCGCAGUUCUCGGGCGGGCGCUCGCCGCGAUGGCCCGGGCCGAGCGGGGCUGAGCCCGCGCCCGCCCGCCCGCCCGCCCGCCGGCCCGCCGGCCCAGCCAUGGCGAAGCAGUACGAUGUGCUGUUCCGGCUGCUGCUCAUCGGGGACUCCGGGGUAGGCAAGACCUGCCUGCUGUGUCGCUUCACCGACAACGAGUUCCACUCCUCGCACAUCUCCACCAUCGGUGUUGACUUUAAGAUGAAGACCAUAGAGGUAGAUGGCAUCAAAGUACGGAUACAGAUUUGGGACACAGCGGGGCAGGAGAGAUAUCAGACCAUCACAAAGCAGUACUAUCGACGGGCCCAGGGAAUAUUUUUAGUCUACGACAUUAGCAGCGAGCGCUCUUACCAGCACAUCAUGAAGUGGGUCAGUGAUGUGGAUGAGUAUGCACCAGAAGGUGUCCAGAAGAUCCUUAUAGGGAAUAAGGCUGAUGAAGAGCAGAAACGGCAGGUGGGGAGAGAGCAAGGGCAGCAGCUGGCUAAAGAGUAUGGCAUGGACUUCUAUGAAACAAGUGCCUGCACCAACCUCAACAUUAAAGAGUCCUUCACGCGCCUGACCGAGCUGGUGCUGCAGGCCCACAGGAAGGAGCUGGAAGGUCUGCGGACACCCGCCAGCAAUGAGUUGGCCCUGGCGGAGCUAGAGGAGGAUGAGGGCAAACCCGAGGGCCUGGAGAACUCUUCGAAAACCUGCUGGUGCUGAGC